AUGGCGGUGAACGAGGAGGGAGAUCGGGGAACGGAGCAGAGGGAGCUGGCAGAUGCCGUGGACAAGGACUUUUGGGAGGGCUCCAACUGGGAGCUGCUGGGCAAGGCGGCCUCCAUCACCAUCCCGACCCUGGUGGUCAUGGCUCUCCUGGUGGGCAUCUUCGCGGCCAAGUUCUACAACAGCGGCGCCAACACCUUCCUGGAGAUGCCCAAGGGGCCGGACGACACCGCAAAACUGUACCAGCGGGCUCCUGAGUAG